AUGGCCGCCCUCGAAUCCCAGAAGCUGUCCUCCACCGAGGAGACCGAGGUGCAGCAAUGGCUCACCACCUCGGAGCGCCUGAAGACCUCGCCCUCCGACGCCUCUAUCCUCGACAAGCUCAACUCCCAUCUGACAUCGCGAACCACCCUGCUCGGCAGCAAACCCUCCAAGGCCGACAUCGCCAUCUACGAGUCUCUGGCCCCGACCGUCAAGUCAUGGACCCCCGAGCAGCGCACUGGCCAGCAGGGCCACCCCCACAUCCUCCGACACCUCGACUUCGUGCAGAACUCCGGCAUGUUCGAUCUGAAGAUUGACGAUUCCGACAAGAUUACGGUCGACCCUGAGGAGAUCCUUUACGUUAAGCCCCCGCACGAUGCCAAGGCCGAGAAGGAGCGCCUGAAGAAGGAGAAGGCCGCCGCAGCUGCCGCUGCAGGCGGUGGUAGCGGAGCGCCAGCUACCAUUGCCGAUCGCACGAAAGAAGCCGCCGAGACCGUCAUGAACGCCGCCGUCGAUGCGAAGGACAAGGUUGCCGCUGCAGUGGGAGUGGGUGCCGCCGCAGACAAGCCCAAGAAAGAGAAGAAGGAGAAGGCGCCCAAGCAGCAGAAGGCCCCGGCCGCUGCCACGCCGCCGGCACCUCACCUGAUCGAUCUUAGGGUUGGUCACAUUCUCAAGGCGAUCAAGCAUCCGGAAGCCGACAGCUUGUACGUUUCUACGAUCGCUAUGGGAGACAAGCCUGGCACGGACGAUACGGAGGAGUACGAGGGCCAGGUCUGCCGGACAGUCUGCUCCGGCCUAAACGGAUUGGUGCCCCUGGAGGAGAUGCAAGGACGCAAGGUGGUUGUUGUCGCCAACCUGAAACCCGUCAAGAUGCGAGGAAUCAAGUCUUGCGCCAUGGUUUUGGCUGCGUCACCCAAGCUGAAGGAGGGCGAGGUGGACGACCACAAGGGACCCGUUGAGCUCGUUACUCCUCCCACAGACUCCAAAGCUGGCGACCGCGUGUGCUUUGACGGUUGGAGAGGCGAGCCCGAAGGCGUCCUCAACCCCAAAAGGAAGGUUUGGGAGACAUUCCAGCCCGGGUUCACGACGACAGACAACCUGGAGGCUGCCUUCGAUGGCAGCGUAGUCAAGGAGGCAGGGAAGGCCGAGACUGGCAAGCUCACCACAGCUAGCGGAGGCACUUGUACUGUGCAGACCUUGAAGGGAGCUACUGUGCGAUAA